CAUUUGGAUUUGUUUGUCCAUUAGGCCAAUUUUAGUCCGAGAAAACAAAAACUAGCUCUCUCCUCUGCAAUGGCAAUGGAUCAGCAAAACAAAACCUCAUUGUAACUCAAUGUGUCUCCUCCAAUCAGGAAAAUUGUGAUGUCUGUUAAUUCAAGAUAUGGCUCGUCCUCUCUAAAUUUUCCCUUCUUUUAAAAAUCGAGGCGAUCAAUUGAUUUCAUCCUUCUUUUCUUAUAUUGAAAUGUCAAAAGCAUCAGCAGUCCAACCUCCAACGGCUAGCGAUGCCACUUUUUCUCGCACUUUCAAGUACUUAUUAGCUACGCAGUUUCUCUCAAGAGGAAUCCCUUUUAUUUUCAAUUCAUGGAUUGUCAGGCACCUCACUCAAGAAGACUAUGCGGUGUACGCAGUUCAAUUUCAUCUAUUUGUGACCUGCAUUUUGUUUCUGAGUCGAGAGGGAUUCCGUCGAGCUUGUAUGAGAGCUGAGAUUCAACGUGCUGGCACUUCGAAUGAAGAGUACGCAUCAAAGCUACUGAAAGUAGCUUGGAUUACUUUCCCUCUCGGGAUAUUUAUCACGAUUGCUGCUUGCAUUUUUGUUUUCUGGUGGCAAGCACUGAACCUUUCUGAUUCAUAUGCGCAAGCUAUUUUGAUUAAUGGAUUUGCAUGUAUACUGGAGCUACUAGCUGAACCGUUUUAUAUCCUUUCUCAGAAUUUACUUCUUCUGAAACUGCGAUUGAUUGCUGAAGCAGUUGCUACACUUAUCCGCUGCCUGACUAUGUAUAUGCUAAUUGUUAGACAACCCAGCAUGGAGAAAGGAAUUAUUUUUGCAUUGUCACAGACUGCAUAUGGAGCAUGCUUGUUCAUAGGAUACUGGAGCUAUUUUCUUCUUUCCAAUGUGUAUGCAAGUUCUGAACUUUUCCCUUUCAGACUAGGAACUAUAAUGGAUUACGAUAAACAACUCUCAAACAUGUGCAUGCUGUUCACCUUUCAAUCCUUCCGAAAGCUAAUCCUUCAGGAGGGGGAAAAGAUGGUCCUUGUGUGGCUGGAUACUCCAUAUAACCAAGCAGUAUACGGACUUGUAGACAAGUUAGGAAGCCUAGUGGUGAGGUUGGUGUUUUUGCCAUUCGAAGAAAGUUCAUAUGCUACAUUUGCUAGGUGUGCAUCAGAACAACAUCCACAGAAGAUCAGGAAGUUGGGUGGCUACCUUACAGAGGCCUUCAAACUUGUUUUGCUAAUUGGUCUAGUAUUCAUGGCAUUUGGUCCUAGUUACUCUUACACCCUCAUUAGAAUAUUGUUUGGCAAUAAAUGGAGUGACGGAGAAGCAGCAACAGCUCUUCGCUAUUACUGCGUCUAUAUCAUUGUUUUGGCUAUGAAUGGAACAUCUGAAGCAUUUUUACAUGCUGUUGCAACAGAGAACCAACUCAAACGCUCAAAUGAUUCAUUGCUUGUGUUCUCAAUGAUAUAUCUUGUAUUGAAUGUCCUACUGAUACGAUCAGCUGGUGCCGUUGGCUUGAUUUUGGCAAAUUCAUUAAAUAUGAUGUUGAGGAUUACAUAUUCUGCAAUAUUCAUAAAGCGCUACUUCCAGGAUUCUUCUGCAUUUUCUUUUAGUAGUUGCUUGCCGUCAGGUUGGACAGUUCUGUUGUUUUCCAGUGCAACUACUAUUAUUUCUGAAAGAAUGUUUCUGGACCGGAUUAAUUUCUGGCCAACAUUUUUUAUUCACUUCUUCAUCGGGUUCACAUGCUUCUGCAUAUCUGCCUUGGUCAUUUAUCGCCGGGAACGGCCUUUUAUCAACAAAAUUAUCCGUUUUCGGGAUCAUGUGGACUGAAGAACAGCUAGGAUGCUCCAAGAGAUUUCAAAGGCAAAUCCACUUCUCUGUGGUAUUGGUCUAAUCAUUAGCCUUAUUCUCAUCCAAAAACCAUGAAGAUUAGGGAGUCGAGAGCCAUUUAUUGAUUCAAGGAUUUUAUGAGGACCAUUCUUAUACAUAGACUUAUUUGAUUAGAAGUUAGGAUUAAUAACAAGAUAAUUAACAUACAACAAAAUGUAAUACUGUCACCAUCUGCCUUAGAAACUACCCUUUCUACUAACCACACUAUAUUUUGUUAAUGAAAUGAUCUUUUCUUUCCAAAUUUGUCAA